AUGAAAAAGUUUAAUUUUCGUAAAGUUUUGGAUGGACUGACUGCUUCACCCCCUGCUGGAGGUGGUGGAACAGGAGGUGGUGUGGUUUCCACAGGUUGUACGUUGUAUCCAGCCGGAAGCUCUGGGUCCAUAGUGUCUCCUAAGGAGAAUGAGAUCCAGGAGAAUCUAAGCUCUGAGCACUUUCACAUCUGCAAGACUGUGAGACAUGGAUUUCCAUAUCAACCUACUGCUUUAGCAUUUGACCCUGUUCAGAAAAUAUUAGCAAUUGGGACACACAGUGGAGCUGUACGCAUAUUGGGGCAACCUGGUGUUGAUUGCCACUGCCAGCACGAUGCUGAUGCAGCUGUAUUAUAUCUCCAGUUUCUUAUGAAUGAAGGUGCCUUGGUUAGUGCAUGUGCUGAUGGGACACUUCACUUGUGGAAUCUAAGACAGAAGCGACCAGCUGUUCUGCAUUCUCUUAAAUUUAAUAAAGAACGGGUUACAUGUUGUCAUCUUCCUUUUCAAAGUAAAUGGCUCUACGUUGGAACAGAGAAAGGAAACAUGCACAUUGUGAAUAUUGAGUCCUUUGUUCUUUCAGGCUACUUUGUAAUGUGGAACAAAGCAAUAGAACUAUCUACAAAGACUCACCCAGGUCCAGUUGUACAUUUAAGUGAUAUGCCUAGAGAUGAAGGAAAGUUGCUCAUUGGAUAUGAAAGUGGGAUGAUAGUUUUAUGGGAUUUGAGAUCAAAAAGAGCGGAAUCAAGAUUUUAUUAUGAUGAGGCAAUUCAUUCUAUCAGUUGGCACCAUGAAGGAAGGCAGUUCAUGUGCAGUCAUUCAGAUGGAAGUCUUACUGUUUGGAAUAUAAAAAAUUCUGGAAGGCCUUUCCAAGUCACUAUUCCCCAUGGGAAAACUCAACAGGAUGGGAGGAAACCUGAAUCAUGCAAACCUAUUCUAAAAGUAGAAUACAAGACAUGUAAAAACAGUGAACCGUUUAUCAUUUUCUCUGGUGGAUUAUCAUAUGACAAAGCCUGUAGAAGACAAAGUUUGACUAUAAUGCAUGGAAAAGCAAUUACUGUUCUUGAAAUGGAUCAUCCUAUCGUGGACUUUUUAACCUUAUGUGAGACGCCAUACCCAAAUGAGUUUCAAGAACCGUAUGCUGUUGCAGUUCUUCUGGAAAAAGACUUUAUCGUUGUUGAUCUUACAGAAAGCAAUUUUCCAAUCUUUGAAAAUCCUUACUCUAUGGACAUUCAUGAGUCUCCAGUGACCUGCACUGAAUAUUUUGCCGACUGCCCCCCUGACUUGAUCCCUGUGCUUUAUUCUGUUGGAGCCAAGCAUAAAAAGCAAGGCUACAGCAACAAGGAAUGGCCAAUCACAGGAGGAUCCUGGAACCUUGGUACACAAAGCUAUCCUGAGAUUAUCGUAACAGGGCAUGCUGAUGGCACUGUCAAGUUUUGGGAUGGCUCUGCUUUAACCCUCCAGAUGCUGUACAAAUUAAAAACCUCAAAGGUAUUUGAAAAGCAGAAGCUUGAAGAAGUGAAACCGUCAGCUGAAAUAGUGGAAGAGGAUCCUUUCGCCAUCCAGAUGAUUUCCUGGUGCCCUGAAAGUAGAGUCUUCUGCGUUGCUGGGAUCUCAGCUUAUGUUUUAGUUUACAGAUUUAGCAAACAUGAAGUUGUGACCGAAAUAACGUGUUUAGAUGUUCGACUACAGUAUGAAGUUGAAGACAUCAUUACCCCUGAACUGGACACUAUAUCUCCAUUUCCUGAGCCUUCAUCUCAGCCUCUUAACUUAAAGUGCAAUAACUUGUCAGGCAGUGUUAACACGGUUGUAUGUGAAGGAAUGCUGAAAGAUAGCAUACCAUGCCUUAGUGUAAAGAGUCGCCCAGUGAGAAUGCCGCCAGGAUACCAGACGGAGCUUGUGAUUCAGUUGGUGUGGGUAGAGGGGGAGCCUCCACAGCAGAUUACCAGCCUUGCCGUUAGUUCUGCCUAUGGCCUAGUUGCUUUUGGAAACUGCAAUGGUUUAGCUGUUGUGGAUUACAUUCAGAAAACUGUCCUCCUGAACAUGGGAACUAUUGACCUGUAUGGUUCAAGUGACCCCUAUCAGCGUCAGCCACGCUCACCUCGCAAGAGUAAGCAGUUCAAUGCAGACAACUUUUGCAUGCGUGGCCUGUCUAAUUUUUACCCAGAUUUAACGAAACGGAUCCGUACUUCUUACCAGAGCCUAACAGAACUUUCAGACAAUCCUUUGUCACUGGAACUGGAUCGCUGCAAGUCUCCGACUUCAGAUCAUGUGAAUGGACAUUGUACUAGUCCCACUUCUCAGACAUGCAGUUCAGGGAAGCGCGUCUCUAGUGCUGAUGCUUCAAAAGCUAACAGGCGAGGUCCGGGACGACCCCCUUUUAGGAAAGCACAGUCUGCCGCAUGCAUGGAGAUUUCACUGCCUGUAACUUCAGAAGCAUUAGGUUACAUUUCCAGACGGGCAAUGCUUCAGCAAUUACACGGAAUCAGUACAUUCUCUAAUGACGAGUACCACUGUUCUGCAAACACGUGGGCAGAUAAAGAAAGCAAAGAAAAUUCCUUCAGCCGGUCUCGCAGCUCCAGUGUGUCCAGCAUUGAUAAAGAUUCCAAGGACGCUAUAACAGCAAUGUACUUCAUGGAAUCAUUUGCCAGGAAGACAGACCAAGCACCUACCCCAUGUCUCUGGGUGGGGACUAGCCUUGGAAUGGUUUUGAUUAUUUCACUCAAUCUACCACCUACAGAAGAGCAAAGACUCACAGAGCCAGUUGUGGUGUCACCAAGUGGAACCGUGUUAAUGCUGAAGGGAGCAGUGCUUACAUUUUCAUGCCUGGACUGCAUGGGCAGCUUCAUGCACCCACCAUAUGAAGUUUGGAGGGAUCCAAAUAGCACAGGGGAUAAUGAGAAAACAAGGAAAAGGAAACUGGUCACAUUUUCACCUUCGUCGUCACAAGAUUUGGGAGAUCAUCAAUAUGUAGUUAUCUGUUCAGAGAAACAAGCCAAAGUGUUCUCACUGCCUUCCCAAACUUGCCUGUACGUGCAUAACAUUACUGAGACUUCCUUCCUUCUGCGAGCAGAUGUGGUCACCAUGUUCAACAAUGUCUUGCUGGCAUGCUUCUGCGCAAAUGGGCAUAUCAUGACAAUAAGUCUCCCUAGCCUGCGUCCACUUUUAGACAUCAAUUAUUUACCCUUAACUGAUAUGAGAAUAGCACGAACAUUUUGUUUUACCAAUGGAGGACAGGCAUUAUACCUAAGCUCUCCUACAGAGAUCCAAAGAAUAACAUUCAGCCAGGAAAUGUGUGAUAGUCUACAGGAUAUGCUUGGAGACCUCUUCUCUCUGGUGGAAACUCCAGAAGCACAAAACAGAGGUUUCUUGAAGGGACUGUUUGGUGGAGGUGGCCAAACAUUAGACAGAGAAGAGCUUUUUGGUGAGGCCACAGCUGGGAGGGCAUCUCGAGGCCUUGCACAGCACAUACCAGGAUCGGGCGGUAUAGAGGGAGUGAAAGGAGCUGCAACUGGAGUGGCAGGAGAGUUGCAUCGAGCCCGCUUAGCUUUGGAUGAGAGAGGGCAAAGACUUGGAGAACUUGAAAACAAAACGGCAGGGAUGAUGUCCAGUGCAGAGGCUUUCUCCAAACAUGCACAUGAGUCUCUCAAAAAUCACAGUGCAGUUGGGCAUGAGGACACAGAGGCCUUAGGAGAGGUGUUUUUUCUCAAUUUUAAAUCUUGA